AUGGAGAACAAGCCCGACUACCGUGCGUUGUACCUGAAGCCGCCUCCGCCGCCGCCACCGCCUCCGCCGCCAUGUUUGCCGCCAACCGAGCUGCCGAACCACGCCGUGGCCCCGUUCGAUCCGGGUUUGGGCUGUUCCGCGGCGGAUCCGAGGCUUCUGUUCCACGGUGCCAAUUCUGCUUGGAUCCCCGAGACCGACAAACCGUACAUGUGUUCCAGCUGCGGCAAGGGUUACACCCACAUCUUCACGCUGAACCGUCAUCGUCGCACCGUGUGCGGAAAGAUACGCAACACAAGCGGCAAAUGGAAGUGUCCCCGUUGCACCCGUUCCUACGUAACCGAGGGGAAUCUCGUGCGUCACGUGCGAUUCGAGUGCGGGGUACGUCGGAAGUUCUGUUGUAUCUUCUGCAACCGGAAGUUCACGCAACGUUGCAGCCUGAUCAGACAUCUACGGAACUUCCACAACGAGAGCAUCGACAGCACCGGGGGCGCUGGGAUACCGCCCGAAUACCAGAUGAGCGUGUGUCACAUGAACGCCAAGAGCCCCGUCGACGAUUCGAGGGAGUGAAGAAACAUCCUGGGCUAGAUUGCAGACCCUCCUCCCCGCC